AAAUCACCAACGACGGGCAGAAACAAAAUGAUAGCACCACCAACUCAACGGAGACGCAGAGUGAGGAGAAGAAGGGGUCCGCUGCCGCCGGAAAGGAAUCCACUAGCACCUCUAGCGGCCGCCCCUCCUAGCGUUAAACUUGUUAACCGUUGAGCGAUAUCCUUGCGAGAAAUUGUAUUCGGGCCGAAAUUCAGACGGGCCCCCAUCAGUAAACCGAAGCUUGGAGAAUCCCUGAUUUCAUGCCGUCUCCCUACAAUCGCUGGAGCAUAAGUAUUUUGGAUUUUGCAGUUUCUGACAAUUGCCUGCUUCUUUUUCUCCAUUAAAAGAUUAGAAAGAAGAAAUUUUGCGCUGUGGGAAGUGAAGAAAAUGGAUGCUGACCCGCGGCAGUAUGAGAACAUUGGCUUGAAUGAUAAUGACAUCAACAAGAUUAUUAUCUCAUAUCUUGUGCACAGUUGCUACAAAGACACACUGGAUGCAUUUGUUGCAUGUACUGGAGAAAAGCAUCCCGUUAGUAAUCUGGAGGAUAUGGAGAAAAGGAAGCGAAUAUACCAUGAGGCAUUGAAGGGGAAUGUGUCCGAGGCCAUCCAGUUGACAGAAGAAUUUGCCCCUGGUUUGUUGGAUGAGGAUAAAGCUUUGCAUUUUGACCUCUUGAGCCUUCAAUUUGUUGGGAUUGUGUGCUCUAGGAAACUUGAUGAGGCUUUAAAUUUUGCUCAGUCCAAAUUGAAUCCCUUUGGGAAAGAGCAGAGAUUUGUGGAGCAGCUUAAAGACUGUGUUGGUCUUCUUGCAUAUGAAGAACCAGAAAAGUCCCCGAUGUUCCAUCUUCUAAGCCCAGAACAUAGACAGCACAUUGCAGACAGUUUAAACAGAGCGAUUCUUGCACACAGUAAGCUUCCCAGCUACUCAGCAAUGGAAAUGCUAAUACAGCAGACAACUGUUGUUGGACACUACUUAAGUCAUGAAUUCAGCAAGGACGGGCAUCAUCACCAACCUUUCUCUUUAAAAGAUUUUCUCAAGAGCUGAGCCUUCUGGAUUUCUUGAAGCAACUGUUCAGAUGUGUGACAUUUGUGGCGUUGAGGUGUUGGUGGCACGUUAAACUUCUCUUAUGAUUAUUUAUCUAUAGUGCACAUAGUACUUUAUUAAGUCGCAUCAGUCAUGAGUGAAGUUUGUAACUAUCCGGGAAUUUCGAGUCGAGCCGCAUAUUCCAGGAUUUUAAUAUAGCGUUAAUGUGUUUCUACGUGUUUGAGGUGUAAAGUCGUAGUAUCGUAGAGAUUGAGUGCUGAGUUUUAUUCUUGUGAAGAGGCUCUCCUGAGGGUUAUCAGUUUAUGUAAAUGUUUUAGGGUGAGACUUUUUUAGGAGAGAACCUUAUCAGCCUCAUGAUCGUCUACUAUGUAUAAUACUAUGUAUAAUACCAAAUGUAA